AGCAGCAAUGUAUUUUAGAUUCUUGCAGUAUCGGUUCCACCUGUCAAGAACCUCGCGUUAUAAUCAUAGGGGCUGGCAUGGCGGGUUUGUCAGCAGCUCAUCGGCUUACCCAAUGUGGUAUUCGAAAUUUUCUUGUUUUGGAAGCUAAGGAAAGGCCAGGAGGAAGAAUUCAUUCUUGUUGGUUGGGAGACGCAAUUAUUGAAAUGGGUGCUGAAUGGAUCUAUGGAGCUUGUUUACCUAACUCCAUAUAUACAUUAGCGUCGCAAGAUAGGCUAUUGCAGACACCUUUGCCACGUUUGGAUUCAACGAAAGGCUUAUUUUGCACAAGUGAAGGACGUGCCAUAGAUUUGCCAGUGACAAUAACAGCGUACCACACAUUUAGACUAAUAGAACAGCAGGCUGCAAAUUUAUUUCGUUUGGGUUGUGAAAGACAACAUGGGACAUUACUUAACUUCAUAGGCUUACGAAUACAACAAGAAUUGCAUAAUUUUCCAGAAGAUCAACGGUAUGACGCGGCUAGAGUUAUGUUUGGCCUAACGAAUAUACUAAGAAAUAAAUGUGGUGAUGAUCUAUCUCUUGUUAGUGCUGACCAAUACGGUAGCUAUAUUGAGCUCCCGGGCGGAAGUGUGCGUGUUCCAUUGGGAUAUGUUGGAGUAAUUGCCCCUUUGCUUCGAGGCUUACCUGAUAAUAGCGUUCGUUAUAAUAAAGCAGUAAACGUUAUACGUUGGGGUAAAGGUCAAACAGGUUCUGGUCGGGUUUUAGUUAAAUGUUGCGAUGGUGAAGAAUUAACAGCCGAUUACGUAAUUAUUACUGUUUCCUUGGGAUGUCUGAAAUGUCAAGCCGAUAAACUUUUCGCUCCACCUCUUCCCGUGUGUAAAUUAGAUGCUAUUUGUAAUCUUGGCUAUGGUCUAAGCAAUAAAGUAUUUAUGGAAUAUGCGGAGCCCUAUUGGGUUUGUCAUGAAGGCAAUUUAAAACUCGCAUGGUCUGCUGAAGAACUACAGUGCCGAUGUGACUGGACUAGAGGCGUGUGUGCAGUUGAUGAAAUGCCAGGCAGUAAACACGUGCUAUGUGCUUGGAUAUCGGGACAAGAAGCUGCGAUGAUGGAGUCUUUACCAGAAAAUGAUGUUGCCGAAGGAUUGACAUGUCUAUUACGGAGAUUUACAGGGAAUCCGUGUCUACCAUAUCCUCAAAUGUUAUUACGUUCGCGAUGGGCAUUGGAUCCACAUUUUUGUGGAUCUUAUUCAUAUAUGAGCUGUUGUUCAACUGUAAGCCAACAAUGUGAGCUAGGCACUCCGAUUCCUGGUCCUUGUGAUUCCCAACCGCCUAUUCUUUUAUUUGCUGGCGAAGCAACUGUACCUGGUCAUUUUGGUACAGCCCACGGCGCUAGAUUAAGUGGUGUCCGUGAAGCAGAACGUAUCAUAUUAUUGACUAAAAAAUUCGAAGGUCCUCCGCGUUAG